UGCUCCUUAGAACUCUACACACAGCCACAGAUUUCCCAAAUGCUUCUCUUCAGCUCCGUUUCACUUUCCCCUACUCAUUCCUCAUUUCAAUUCACUUCCGAUUGGUUUAUCACUACUUUCCGGUUACAUUAGAUUCUAGCUACUCCCCCACCUUCCUCCGUCUUCAAUGGCGGCAAUGGCGAUGGCCGCAUCUUCGUCGUUUUGUCAACCGCUGCCUGCAGCGACCUCCGGGCAGGCCAGAAAGUUGACGUUGCUCAAUAGAAGGAGGCCACUAGUGUUGGCCAAUUGGGGGCACUUCGCGGAUGUAGUUCGCAAAGAUGUGGAGUUUAUAAAGGGUGGAUUGGGCAAAGGGAUUCGUUGGGCGAAUGAUGCUUUUCGAAUUCCGCAAGUUUCCAAGUCUGUCGAUGAUGUUUUAUGGCUUAGAAACAUUGAGGACCCCCAAGCUGUUAAUCUUCCUACUCCUUCUCGGCCGCAACCUUCAUAUCCAGAACUCUCUGGUGUUGAUUUGUUCAUGGCUGACCUUAAGGCCUUAGAAGCAUAUGCCGUUUAUUAUUAUUCUCUAUCUAAAAUUUGGACAAAGCCACUUCCUGAGGUUUAUGAUCCAGAAAGUGUUGCUGAAUAUUUCGGGUGCAGGCCUCAUAUUGUGGGCCUUCGAUUGCUAGAGGUAUUUUCCUCAUUUGCUUCUGCAGCAAUAAGGAUUCGAAUGUCUAGAGUGCAAAAGUUUCCGGGGACAAGUUUGCAUGAAGACAGUGAUGAAUCUAAAUCCAAUUUUGGUUUAGUGCUCAAGGAAACCCUCUUAAACUUGGGCCCCACUUUUAUCAAAGUUGGUCAGUCUCUUUCUACAAGACCAGAUAUCAUUGGUAGUGAAAUUUCAAAGGCUUUGUCUGAGCUACAUGAUCAAAUUCCUCCUUUUCCCAGGACCAUUGCUAUGAAAAUUAUUCAGGAAGAAUUAGGUUCUCCCGUAGAAUCAUUUUUCAGCUACAUCUCUGAAGACCCUGUGGCUGCAGCAUCUUUUGGUCAGGUCUAUCGUGGAAGAACCCUUGAUGGGAUUAGUGUGGCUGUGAAGGUUCAACGCCCUAAUAUGCUUCAUGUGGUAGUGCGCGAUGUCUAUAUUCUUCGACUUGGGCUUGGAUUCUUGCAAAAGAUAGCAAAGAGAAAAAAUGACCUUCGCCUGUAUGCUGACGAGCUAGGGAAAGGUUUGCUUGGAGAAUUGGAUUAUAAUUUAGAGGCCAGAAAUGCAACAGAGUUUAUGGAAACUCAUUCCCGCUUUCCAUUUAUACACGUGCCCAAAGUUUUCAGACAUUUAAGCCGAAAGAGAGUCUUGACUAUGGAGUGGAUUUCUGGUGAUAGUCCAACUGAGUUACUCACUAUAUCUUCCGGGAAACCCAGCUCAACGUAUUCAGAGAGGCAAAAAGUUGAUGCCAGAAGGCGCCUUCUUGAUUUGGUUAACAAAGGAGUUGAGGCAACAUUAGUUCAGCUUCUUGAUACUGGAUUAUUGCAUGCUGAUCCACAUCCUGGAAACUUGCGUUACAUACCUUCUGGACAAAUAGGGUUUCUAGACUUUGGUUUACUUUGUCGGAUGGAGGAGAAGCAUCAAGUAGCAAUGCUUGCAUCCAUUGUUCACCUUGUAAACGGGGAAUGGGCUUCCCUUGUUGAAGCUCUUGCUGAAAUGGAUGUCGUGAGGCCAGGGACUAAUAUGCGGCGUGUUACUUUGGAUUUGGAAUAUGCCUUAGGAGAAGUGGAGUUUAAAGCUGGAAUUCCUGAUGUAAAGUUCAGCAAGGUUCUUGGAAAAAUCUGGUCUUUAGCCCUCAAAUACCAUUUCCGCAUGCCUCCGUACUACACACUAAUGCUGCGGUCUCUUGCCUCCUUCGAAGGGUUGGCAUUAGCUGCAGAUAAAGAUUUCAAGACCUUUGAAGCUGCAUUCCCUUAUGUUGUACAGAAACUUCUCACUGAAAAUUCAGUUGCAAACCGGAAAAUAUUACACUCGGUGAUCCUAAACAAAAAGAAAGAAUUUCAAUGGCAAAGGGUUGUUCUUUUUCUAAGAAUAGGUGCAAGGAGGAAAGGUUUGCAACAAAUGCUAGCUCCACAUAAUGAGGCAGCCAUUGAACUUUCAGCCGUUAAAGCUAAUAAUCAGGCAGCCAUUGAAUAUUCAACCGUUAAAGCUAACAGUGACCUCGAACUUGUGAAUUUAAUUACAAGGCUAUUAGUAUCCAAAGAAGGCGCAGUGCUUAGAAGACUCAUAAUGACCGUAAAUGGAGCUUCACUGAUCCAAGCAAUGGUUUCUAAAGAAGCAAAAUUCUUCCGCCAACAACUUUGCACGAUCGUAGCCGAUAUAAUACACCAAUGGGCACUUAAAACACUAGGACAGGGCUCCCAAGCUACAGGGCUUGGCACGACGGUUAGAAUGGGAAUUCUAUCUGACAAGAAAGGGCGAAGUAGUUCACAAUUAACAACAACAGGACAAAUUGAUUACAUUUCUUUCUUGAAUGACCGGCGGAUGAGAUUGCUUUUCUCCAAGGUGCUCAAAUCAGCGAGCACAAAACCAAUUUUAAUGCUCAAGUUUUUCUGGACAUCCUUCGUAAUUUUUGUGACAGCUUCAGCGGUGGCUUGCCAUCGGAUAGUUGUGUCGUUGUCAGAAGCCUAUUUGGGUCCCAUAUCGCUUAGUCCCAAGCAAUAUGCAGUAACUGUAGGCUGAGUCACAGCCACAGGUGUAUUGUAUUCCAUCCAAGGCCAUAAUGGCUGAGCUGUACAUUUUGUAUUAAUUGAAUUCUUUUUCCCCUUUCGCAAUGGAUAUAUUACCAUAGGAAUCUAUUCUCUGUUAUUACUCA